GCGAUCGUUUUACGUUAUCCGCUUUUAACCGAAGCCAUCUCCACCGCUUGGGCCACCGCACACGGCCUUUCUCUCUCUACGGCGUGUCGGUGGAGAUGAUGUGGGAAGACUCUUUUCCGCAGCACGACGGCGGCGAGCCCGAGCAAGAAUCUCCCUUCAAUUUCGACUUCUUCUCUCUCCUAUCCAAACCCAAGGAUUAUUAUAAGAUUUUGGAGGUGGAUUACGAUGCCUCUGAGGAAGCGAUUCGGUCUAAUUACAUCCGGCUUGCACUGAAAUGGCAUCCGGACAAACAGAAGGGUCAGGAUGAUGUGACUUCAAGGUUUCAAGAGAUAAAUGAAGCGUACCAGGUUCUCAGCGAUCCUGCCAAAAGAAGAGAAUAUGACACGAAAGGGAUGCUACAUGUUCAUGAUUACAAUAUAGUUGAGUAUCUUAACCGCUACAAAGGCCUUAUAUUGACAUGUAAUGGCUUAGGGAUCCGGCAAUCAAUUUGGUGAGCUAAAUGCUUCUGUCUCUCUCGAAUCACAUCUUAGGAAGCACUAGACGUGUGGCAUGUAUAUGUUAGUAGCCACCAAGCUUCAGCAUGAGAAGGCUCUGGGGAUUUUUUUAGUAUUCAGGAGUUAAAAUCUUCUUUGAGAAAUUAGCAGCUUCUGGCCCCUGAGGAUGCCAACCCUCCUGUUUUUGGAAGGGUAACAAAUUUCUGAUGUGUAUACUGUGAAUUUCUCAAAUGAGUCAUUUACGACUGAUCAAAUGCGACUUUCAUA